AGUCUCACACUCUCAGACACAAACCCACACACUCUCUCUUUGGAGCGACCGAGAAUCCUUCUUAAAGAAACAAACCUCGCUUUAUUUCCCACCGUCCAGAUCUCUUAUCCAACGGUUCCCAUGAGUCGGCGAUUGGUUUUCCCCAAAACUCUCCCCCUCUGUGGUUUUUAUCAUAAACCCUAGCCGAUACUCCCUAAACACGCACAGUCCCAACUGCCCCCCUCGCCGAUCUCCAACCUCCCUCUCUCUCUCUCUCUCUCUCUCUCUUACAACGUCAACUCAAAAAGAUCGCCGAUCCUCGAUCUUCGAUCUUCCGUACCCAUCUCUCUCUCUCUAUCUUUUUUCCCAGAUCUCGGUGUUUCGCCUGUAAAUUAGUCUCUGUAUGUCUUCCUAUGUUGUUCUUCUUGUUGAUUUUGUAUAGUUCCUGUUCAUAUCCAUCUUGAUUAUCUUUCUUGACUACCCAGUUACCUUUUCCUUUUCAAUUACCUAUUAUUUUUUACCUUUAUAGAUAAAUUUUUGAUCUUUUUUAAUGAAGUCGAACUCGCCCUGAGUCCCGAGUCGGAGGCCGAGUCCCGGGGAGUCCAUAGAAAUCGAAGGUUUUUUUUUUCCUUCCCGGUGCUGAGGUAUGGCGCCUUCUUUGAAAUCAUGUGAAUAUGAGGUUGGCGUCGCCGUUUUCUGAGAUUGAGAGUUUCGGGUCCGAGUUUGGGACUGAGUCGACUCGGAGAUCGACUCGGAGACGACGGGCUGCGGGUGAGUCGAGGAGGAGGAAGAGGACGAGGCCGAGAGUGGUGGUGCUUCGGAAUUUGAGGAAGGAAAUGCCAUCGGUGGAGAUGAGGAGGACCACGAGGGUUUUCGGGAUGGGGAAGGGGGUGGACGGAGCCCGAGUCUUGCGUUCGGGCCGCCGCCUCUGGCCCGAAUCCUCUGUGGUCAAGCUGGAGAGAACCAGCGAGGACGAGGACUGGUUCAAGCUCAUCAAGAACAACGGGGAAGGUCGUGAUUCUGAUGCAAUUGGUUUGAAGCAUAAGGGAUGGACCAGAGCCACCCGGCUAGCGGGUCAUAAGCCUAAGCCGAAUAUAGUUGUUUCGGUCAGUCGAGUCCUUGAGAAGCCUGUUGAGACUAAGGUUUUGGCUGACGGGCUCAAGCAGUAUAAGAGGUUCGGGAUUGUAUAUACCAGGAAGAGGAGACGGACCGGUCACUCGGUCAAUGUGGAGAAUCAAAGUGGCUCUGAGGAUAGAAUGUACGGGCAGAGGUUUGCGAGGAAGAGGAGGAAGACAAGUGGCAGUGGCAGCUUGGUAGAAGCUGAGAGGUUGGAUCUUGCAAGCCCUGAAGUGCUUCACAUUACAUUUGAGUCUUCAUGGGGUAGACGAAACUGGGCUGCUCGGCUUUUGUAUUCGAUUUUCGUGUACAUGUCGAGGUCCAGCCUGCAAUUGACUGAGCUUUCUCAAUUCCUUGUCUCGGAGCCCCUCAGCAUUGUUUUUGCCUUGCCUGGCAUUAAUUUUUCCUGGGUACGUUCUUCUACUGUUGGCUCUGGUGUUUGCAAGUUCUUUGGGAGCAAGGAGUUCAUGCCAAUGUUUUCUGUGGACUUUUCUGCAGUUCCUCAAUGUUUCACGCUAAUGCACUCUGAAAUGCAUUUUAGAUACAUUUUUCGGCCAAUUCUUCCUGUAAAUUAUCUCAAUGAUGGGCCUGUAGAUGAUGAUGAUGUUAAUCAGUGUGGCAAUGACAGUGACGAGUGUGUAGUCUUGCAUGAGGUUGAUCACGCCGAAAACAGACCAUUGCAUCCAGUUGUAAAAGUUCCCAAAUUAGGUUGUAGAAGCACAGUGUAUAGGAAUGGUUUAAGUUCGCGAGGUAGUAUUCAAAAGAGGAGGAGUUCACUGAGGAGGAGGAGAUCUAGAAAUCCUUCUUUUGUUGCUUUACGGAGACCAAAUGGAGCCUUGGUUUCAGAAUUAAUGAACAUCAAGAAGAAUGGCCUUUCUUUUUCUUCUGUAGCCUCGAAUCAGAAGCUUAGGAGGUCAGAUUCAACUUGCUCUGCAACGAACUCGAAAGCAGUGAGUUCGAAUGCGGAUAGAUUGGUGCAAGAUUUACAUUCGACAUGCUGCACUGCAAACUUAUUGGUCUCUGAAUCAGACAGAUGUUAUAGGGAAGUUGGAGUAACCAUUAUGCUAGAGACCUCUUCUUCUGGAGAGUGGCUUCUUGUGGUCAAGAAAGAUGGAUUAACGCGACUUACUCACAAAGCAGAGAAAGAGAAAGUAAUAAGGCCGGGCUCUAACCGUUUUACACAUGAUAUAAUCUGGUCCCCAGAUAGUGAUAUUUUGAGGCUAGAGUUUCCGGAUCGAAGUGAGUGGAUUACUUUCAAGGAGCUUUACAAGGAAUGUUCUGAUCGUAAUGCCACCAUUGAGUUCAUUCCUGAGCCUGCUUCUGACCGUAAUGCCACUGCAAAAUCCAUUCCUGUGCCAGGGGUGCGUGAAGUCCCAGGUUAUGCAGAUAGCCACAGUUCUCCGUUUCUCAUACCAGAGUCAUACAUAUCUGUGAAGGAAGAUGAGGUGUCUAGAUCCUUUGCAAAGAAGACGGCGAAUUAUGACAUGGACUCUGAAGAUGAGGAAUGGCUGAAGAAGUUUAACGUGGACUUUGAAGAUCAUGAACAUGUUUCUGAGGAUAAAUUUGAAUUAAUGGUUGAUGCCUUUGAGAAGGCAUUUUACAGUAAACCAUAUGAUUUCUCUGAUGGAAUUGCUGCUGCUAGUCAUUUUCUGGACAUGGGGAAGAGGGAUGUAGUAGAAGCUGUAUAUAGUUAUUGGAUGAAUAAAAGGAAGCAGAAAAAGUCGUCACUGCUUAGGGUCUUCCAGGGGCAUCAAGUGAAAAGACCACUGCUGGACUCAAAGCCUGUUAUGCGCAAGAGAAGAUCAUUCAAACGACAGCCUAGUCAAUUUGGCAGAGGAAAACAACCUAGUUUCUUGCAAGCAUUGGCUGCAGAACAAGAUGCUUUGCAAGAACAGAAUGCUGUGCUUAAAGUUGAAGAGGCGAAAGCGGCAGCAGACAGAUCUGUGGAUUUAGCUAUCCGCAAACGACAGAGAGCUCAGGUACUUAUGCAGAAUGCAGAUUUGGCAACUUAUAAAGCUGCAAUGGCAUAUAGAAUUGCUGAAGCUGCCCAAGUUCUCGGAUCACCCGACGCUGCUGCUGUUUAUGUACUUGAUUGACCAAUUUAGGUGCAAUUUAGGUGUUCCUGAUGACAGUUGGAAAUGGAAAUAACCAAUUUUUUAUUACAGGAAGGAGCGCAGCCUUAAUGCCCUAUGGCUGUUUUUGAAGCCUUUGGAAGAACAAGUGUUGGAUUAAGUAGUAUGAUUUUGUAUAGGUUUUGAUUGAAUGUACAUUCUGUAUUAUUAUAACCUCACACCAUUACCAAUAGUGUAUAAUUCGACUUGGUUUAUUUUCUUGGGGAAUAGAAAAAAAGAACCAAAAAAGCUCAGAAAAGAUUUGAAUUUC